UGAAAAUGAAAUUGUUGUCUUCAGCUAGUUUUAUAAGUUUCAGGUAGUGUAUGCCGCUUAUCUCAACUCUUGCGUUACUAUGUCAAAUGUAGAUUUGAAACCGAAGUAUGAACCAGGUGAAAAACUUCUUUGCUUCCAUGGACCUCUUAUGUAUGAAGCUAAGUGUCUGGAUGUCAAAGUGAAAGAAGAUGGAGUGAUGUAUUUUGUACACUAUCAAGGUUGGAAUAAGAAUUGGGAUGAGUGGGUGACUGACAAGCGUAUGUUCAAGUAUAAUGAAGAGGGUUUAAAGAAACAGAAGGAGUUGGAACGGCAAAUAAGGUCUGGAAAAGUCAAAGUCUUAAGAAAAUCUGACUUAAAGUCACAAUCUUUACCACCUCCGGAAGUUUUAAAGGAUGUGGAGCGGACGCUGAAGCCUGGUCAUUUAAAACAAGGUUGUACUUUCUGGGUUACUUCACUUACUGUUCUUAUAGAAGAGGAGAGUCCUAAAGCAAAGCAGUCUAAAAGUAACAGUGAAGCAGAUCAAAAACCAAGCACGCCUGUGACGACAGAAGUGAAGGAGAGUGAAGAUGUCAAGGCACCUUCAAAGCCUCCUGAAGAAUCUAACGGUGUAUCCAACAUUACUACUGUAUCAAGCAGAAGAAGAAAAAGUCGGGCGACAUCAGGAAUAAAAUCUAUCGAGAAUGAUGACAGUUUACUUUCAAAGCCACAACUAAUGGUAUCUAUACCUCCAUCUUUAAAGGCAUGGCUCGUGGAUGACUGGGACUUGAUUACUCGUCAAGCUCGUCUUUACGAGCUUCCUGCUUCCCAACCAAUAUCCACCCUUUUGUCUGACUUCUUAGAAAGUGCUGAAAUCGAGGUGAAAUCUGAACCCACUUCUGAACCUCAAAAUUCUCAACAUAAUAUAAAUCCUGCAAUAAGACCUGAUUUAAGACGUGAAUUUCUCGCUGGGAUUCAGCAUUACUUUAAUUUGAUUAUCGGUUCUCAUCUCCUAUAUAAAUUUGAACGGUUACAAUAUGCUGAACUUUUAAAACGUCACACAGAUAAAAGAAUGUCAGAUAUUUAUGGUUCAAUUCACUUACUAAGGCUAUUUGUUAAGCUUCGGGACAUGGUUUCUUGUACCAAAGUCGAUGUAAAUAGUCUGCCUGUUCUAGAAGCAUUGGUCAACGAAUUCUUGCAAUUUUUAAGACAGAAUGAAGGUCGUUACUUCCGUCUUGAAGAUUACACUGUAGCGACGGCAGAAUAUCAGAGGAGAGCAAUGUGCUGAAUACAUAUUAUUCUCAUCUACUCUUUGAAAAUAUGUAUAUCUUCACAACCUGUAUAAUAUUGUUAAUAUAUUAUAAAUCGUUUUAAUUUUUCGAAAUCGUUACUUAUUGACAGAUUCAUACCUGCAAUCUAUAAAUUAUCAUCCCAGUAAACAAUUGUUUGAUAUUUUGUCUAAUUUCAAUUAUUUUAGAAUAAAACUGAAUAACCUUGGUGAAA